AUGCCUCCGAUAUCCUCUCAGCGCCGAGCCGUGACCGAAGAGAACUCGUCUCUUUCAGACGAAGAUGUCGGCUUUCUCUACCAGGUUAUUUCGGACGCGGAGACCAAACCCUCUGUCGAUCUACUCCCUUUCCGCGCACUUUUUGAAGCAUACGAUGAAGUCAUUGCACAACACAACCGGGAUCACGGCGUCGAUGCAGACCCAGGCCAUGCGUGCUUGCGCUUCCUGUUCAAGAUGGGCAACAAAGAUGUACCUGGCAAGACUCUCUUCGACAAAUUCGAGAAUUUGCUUCAACAGAUGAACAUCGCGAUUAAGUUCGAUUUCGGCGAUGGCGACGACGAGACCGACCACUACACCAAUUAUACCGUGGAUGAUACUCCUAGCGAGGUCGAACAAAAUCAUUCUCCCAUUACGAACGGUGUAACACCUACUCCGAAACGACGCGCUUCGUUCAAUACAACUGUUGACAUUGGCGAGGAUGCUACACAAAGAAGCUUCAUCAAUCGUCCAAGCUCUCGCUCGUCGAUGUCGCGACUUGACGUUGGCAAGCCCGAGUUUCAGAAACCCAAAUUGUCUCCUACGCCCAAUCCUGAUUUUGGCCCCAACAGGUCCCCAGAUCGGACACAAUUGAUUAGCCAGUUCUUGGAUGUUGGUCGUCGAUUGUUAAGCAGGUUCGACGGAGUGGAGAACAAGGUCCCCGUCAAGGAAGAUCCUCCGUUAACCAAUGGAUUGACCAAUGGAGUGGUGGCGAGGUCAGCAGUCGCCCGCGAUCGUUCAAAGAGAGCGGCUGAAGCUUCACGUUCACGUUCUAGCUCACACCAGCAACGCCCUCCAUUGCCUGAUUCAUCAGCCACUGAGUCUGAGGAUGCGCAGUCAAUUCUGUCUGAAGGCCCAGAACACGAUUCGUUCGAAAAGGAAGAGGUCCCACCAGAGUAUGUUUACCGUCCGCAACUCUCCGAUCUACUUCGGGACGCAUCGACUUUCAAUAUGUACCGACAGCGAUCCAUCUGCCGUCGAAUCUUGUCAGUAUGGUUCAAAAAGGCCUUCCAGGCAAGACAAACGCGUCAAACAAGGGAAACUAUCGCAAUAAAUUAUGACCGAGGUCUUCUGACGAGACAGGCAUUUGAGCCAUGGCGGGGAAUCAUUCAGGACAAACGCCACUCGGCUCAAACAGAACGGUUUUUCAAACACCUUGAAGAGCGUGCCACCCGUGCGCGCGAUCUAUAUUUGAUGACUAAAGCCUUUAGUCACUGGGCUCAACUUACAUCAGAUGAAGUAGCUCGUACUUCUGCUGCCAGACGACAUGUUCUUGGCGUCAAAUAUUUCAACGCAUGGCGGGAGAUCACCGCAGUCAAUGAAUUGAAAGCCCAACGGUUCGCUUUACGGAGGCCUUUGAACACAUGGCGGAAGAAACUCCAGGAUCUGAAAGCGGCAGAGGCUCAAGCCGUUGCCUCUCGUGAAGCAAAGAUGCAAAAAGCGUCAUUCUGGCACUGGUGGUGGUGUUUCUGUGAUCGUCGAGUCCUCGAAUUAUCCGAUUACCGACUAAAACGACGGUCACUUCUUGCUUGGCUUCGAAAAUUCCGGAAUAACCGAGAGCGUGACCAUGACAUAGACCUACAGAACAGACGGUCAUCUCUCAAGUCUGUUCUCCAGGUAUGGUCUCAGCAUUCAAAAACCAUUGCCUCUGCAGAACAGUAUUUUCAAAAUUCUCGACGUCAGCAUACUCUGAAAGACACUUUUGAUGAAUGGAGACUUCAGUCCCGGCUGGCUCCGGCUGGUUCUCGUGUAUCAGAGAUGGUUGAUACUAGAAUUGUACGAAAUGCUCUAUCGCAGUGGAUUGGGAAGGCUCAGAUGGCGAAACAAGCCGAAGAAAUGGACCGUAUUCGUGUUCAGCAUAAUGCAUGGACGUCUUGGAAUGACACGCUUCGCUGCUUGGCCCUCCAGGCUCGGAUUGAUGAGCGACUCAAGAUGGAAGCCAUGUACAAGUGGAUUCUGAUGGAGAGGUUCGAGCUGAUGCGGAGAAUUCGUGAGCAGCGCAUUAAGCGGGAAGUGUUCUUUCGAUUUGUGACAAAUACCCGAGGUACCUAUACUCGCUUGCUGUUCCAUGCAGAAGUUCUUGAAGAUAAUCGAGCUGAAGACUUGGUGCGGUCCAAAUUCGCCAUUUGGCGGGAUCAAUUGCAGCUCCAGCGCGAGCGAGAGUAUGUGGCAUCUGAAUUCUAUGCCCCGCGAUUGGCAGCCGAGUCUCUUGCAAUUUGGCAAUCUAAGCAUAAACAGGUGCUCAAAAUGGAAGGAUGGGCCAAUGAUGCCCGAUAUUACUUCCUGGUGAAAAGGAACAUGAAGCAAUGGCACCAGGCCAAGGUGGAUUCCGGCAAACGACGGCGACAAGAGGCGUAUGCAAAAGUUCGACGGAGAAUCAAAGUCAAUCUCGCGUCCAAGGCCUUGGCUGCUUGGGCUUCGAAAACGCGGAUCAUACUUGAGAUGGAGCAACAAGCCAGUGCUGUUGAUCGUGACAAAUUGCUGACGGAUACAUCGGAGAUAUUUGUCCAAUGGCAUGAGAAGACCACCAAGAGGUUACAGGAUGUUCAGGACGCCGACAACUCAUAUUUCCGACAAGUUGCCUUCGACCAGCUAAUGCAAAUGUCCGAAACCUUUGUCAUUCGCCGUGAGAUGGAAGACCAAGCAGACAAUGUCCUGCGAUUGCAUGUCCUGCGACAGUCAGCUGCUUCCCUUCGCAAGAUGAGUCUUCGCAUUUUCCAGAUCGGUAGUACCGCCGAGACUGCCGAAGCCAUGCGCGAAAGAAAUCUCAGAAAACAUUCGAGGAACAUGUUCCGCAACUGGGUGGACAAUGCCCGAAUGAAGCUCGAGGCUCGAGAUUCUGCUGGUCCGCCUAUGACCCCCGGUCCAUCCACGACACCAGCACGAGUGCCGAAUUUCGGAGAAGUGAAUAGCGCUGGUUCGGCGCUAUUUGACCCUUGGUACCAAGACGAAGCCGAAACACCUUUCAAACUCAGCGACUUUACGAACACCUCUCAGGAGCCGGUCUCCGCAACUCCCCUCGCAACCCCGAGUUUCACCGCAUCACCUUCUAAACGAGCCGCGCGAGCGCGAGCACUGGCACAAAUGUCCACCACCCCUGCCACCCCCUUACGCACCCCUUUCGCGAGUCGGCUUCUUCGUGCCGGUACCACGACUGGUCAAAUCACAUCCUCCAUCAGGCCACGCACUGGUCGACGAACCUCGGUAGGAAACAGCGUCCGCUUCGUGGACGAUGAACCUCCUGAGUCUCCGACAGAUGGUCGCCGAUCAGCGAAUCGACGACCUUUACCUUCUUGA